AUGGCUUCCUACUUCCUGCCCGCCGGCCUCAAGUCGCGUCUGCUCCGCUUCGCCCUCUCGCGCAUCGACUUUCUCGACGGCGAUGCUCUGGACCUGGACCGUCUCAACUUCACCCUGGGCAAGAAAAGCACCAUCUCGCUAGGCGACGUUGGCCUGCGGACCAAGAAAAUCUCCUCCCUGCUUCCGCCCAACAUCCACGUCACCCGCGCCUCGGUCAACCUCCUUCGCAUCACCAUCCCCGCCGAUCUUCAUACUAGUGGAAUAGUCAUCGAGGUCGAUGGCGUCACGGUCAAGGCGAAGGCUGUCCAGGACAGCGCCACUCCCGCUGCCCGGAACAAGUCCCGUGCCAAACCCUCGCACCCCGAGGCGAUUCCCACGCCGCAAGAUCUAGCCGAGUCCUUCCUCCAGGAGGAGCCGGCUGAGGAUCGCAGAGAGCUCGAGGCCGCCAUAAGCUCCCAGUCGCAACACCUACACGAGCCGACCGCGGCUGCGGCGAGUGUCCAUGAAGAGGAGCUGGAGGAGUCGGAGCUCGGCACCGGCGUGGGCUUGACCCUGCCGUCUGUUGUCACGAACUUCUUCAACGGGAUUCGCGAUCGCUUACAAGUGUCGAUCGAGGGGGUGGAGGUCGAGGUCGAGACCGAGAUACCGUCGGAAGGCUGGGAUGAUGACGAAACUAUCACUGCGGGUGUGGUCUUUCAUAUCGGCAAGAUUGCUGUCGAGGGUCUGACGUCGGCGGGUGUUCCCUUGCGUCCGCAGGAUGCAUCACCCUUGCCGUCGACCGUGGAUUCAAAACCCGGGAAGCGCCAGAUCUCGUUGGUGAACUUGUGUACGGGGCUAUUGCUGGAUGAGAAGAGCAUGUCUAGGAGCAGAAUAACUUCGCAUCCUGCUUCUUCUACCACGAGUACAAAUUCGCAUCACAAGCCGGCCAGCCGGGCCCCUUCGGAGCCUGGCAACGAUGCUCCUGCAUCGCCUAACAUUGGAGGAUCUGCAACCUCAUUUUCGGGCAACGAUGCUCCCAUGUCGCCUACCGUCGGAGGUUCUGUAGCCUCACUCUCUGGAAACGAUGUUCAUUCGUCGCCCCAUUUCGGAAGCUCCGCAGCCUCAACCCAUGUGGAAUCUCCUAACCCGACGCCAGUACAAUCGAGAAGUCGGGUUGAAGGAAUGGCGGCAUCGUCCAUGACUACAGAUGAAGAUAGAUUCGGAAAUGCUGACGAAGAUGAACAUAGACCUACCAAUCAUUUGGCAGGCUCCUUCUCUGGAUCUGAGAGAUUCGGCCAGGAGAGCAUGUAUGGUGAAGAUUCGUUCUUACAACACGCAGUGGACGACGGGCUCUUUGAUUCCAACAUUGGAGAACAGGGUCCGAGUCAGAGCCGAGGAAGCAUAAACAAUGUUUCGGGGAACUUUUCAAGUCCUCGGAGCACGCAUAUGGCAGCUUCCAACACGUCGCUGCCUGCGCGCCUCCAGAAUGAUGGUGCAUUACAGGAGCAAAACGAGUCAUCGCCAGUAUCCAGGUCUCAACCUGUGCUCAAGCAUGACUCUUCCGAUGUUGAAGUUACUGACCGUCAAACUGCCUCUACUGACCGACUUUCCAACACCGGCGAUCAAACACCGAACCUAGGGUCUGAUAGCUCACAGAGCCCUCCCUCUUCGCCUGCUACAUCUGAGCGCCAUGGACUCUCGCAGUCUAUGCUAUUCAGCCAUGAAGAGGCGGAAAGUAUGUACAUGAGUGCUUUUAGUGAAGCGUCGACCCAAUCGAGCAGGCAGUUCCAUAUACCCGGAGGCUGGGACACUUCAAGCACUUCCAGUGGCGAUUCUGAACAAAUACAUCACCCGAAUCUGGCCCAAUUUGGCGUUUCCCCGCUUGGCACCAUUGCUGAAAAGGACGACGGCUGUGAUACCCCUCGCCCGCGCAGCCGAGCAAACACUGACCUGGCCACUUCUGCAAUUCUGGGGCAAGAGAAGAUGCAGGAUAACAAGCCCGUUGCGCCCUCAAAGUCGUUUACGCCGUUGGCGGACAUUGACACCGUCUCAAUAUGGGUACCGAACCCUGACGCAGCGAAACCUGCGGCUUCCUCUGACGUAGCUCCGUCAACGUCGAACAUCCGUCCCUCGAAAGUGGCUUUUGCGGAUUCCUCCACCUACCAUGAAGUCCCAGGGUCCUUUUCCCAUUAUGCUGCAUCGACUUCACGGUCCAAGACGGGCUCGACCAUUUUGAAGGACCGUAACAGGACUUCAACAAGUCAUGCGCGUAUAAAUUCGGACCGUCGUUCAAGUGAUGCAGGUGUGAAGGCUGAAGAAGGUGUUGAAAUUGAGAUUGGAACCGUGCGCUUGCGUCUUGACGUCGAUACGGUCUACCUGAUCAGUCGCCUUGUGAAGGCAAUCGGCCAGCUUUUCGGUGACCUUCCAGAACCCCCCACUCAGCCCCCCAAAGAAGAGAGUCCGUCAGGACAAGGUGUCAACGGCAAAUGUGUCGUUAACCGCAUCCAGGUCACACUCGUGAAGGAGUUGGUCGGGCAUCCCGUCUUUAUCGAUAGACCGAUAGGAGCCGUGCGCCACGGCCAACUGGACCAGUCCGAUAUCUUGCUUGACCUUCGAAUCACAAACCUACAAGUCACCGCUAACACAAUCGCGGGAGUUUCCAAAUUGACGCUCAAUCUUGGAACAUUCGUCCUUGGGUUCAAUGACCAGCGGAUUCUCUCAUUCGACUCGAGCUCGGGUUUGGAAGAUACCACUGUCGGUCUGAAGAAAUUGCAAGAACAUGAUCUCUCCUUGACUUAUACGCAAGAUGGAGAUCGUUCCGAGAUAAACAUAUCUACUCGUCCGUUGCGCGCUACUUUGGAUGUGCAGAAGCUGGACGACACCUUUGCCUCUUACGGCGGCUUCAGUGGGGUCCUGAGAAUUGGAAACCAAAUCGCGUCGACUUGUACCCUGCCUCCUUCAUCACCGAAGCCUACAUCACCGGUUUCGUCUGUGAGCGACAGCCCGCCGAAACCCGCACCAAAGAUCAAUGCUCGUUUCGAAGGUCUUACAUUCCGUCUCCAAGGCGAGAGCUGCGGUGUUCUUCUGGAGACGAGCGUCAUCAAGGCUAUUGUCCGAGGAGAUAUAGUCGGAGUAACCAUCAGACAUGCCAAAUUGUCCGGUCCCCAUCUAUCGGGCUUUGAGGAUCACGAAGUGCCCUUGAUUACGGAGGUCGACGAUACAAAGGUGGAAUACGCUUUCACGCCUACGGAGAAGGACCUGGAGGAACUUCUGUCUCUGAUUACUCCAACGCACUUUAAGUACGAGUCCGAUGAUGAUAUCUUGAUUGAAACGCUGCUCUCGCAAAGGAGGAAGGGGUCCUUCGUCCGCGUCAGAGUUGGGAAAGAAAUUCGACUCAAGGUAUCCAACCUGGAUGACCUGCAGCAAUUUCAGUGCCUCGCCAGGGAUGUUGCCAAGCUGUCCAGCGUCGCCAAGCUUCUCCCGGAUGAUGAGCGGCCUGGCAUACUCACGAUGGUCGAUGCAGCCUUGUGCAACGUUGAGGUGUAUGUCAAUGACCGUAUCGGCUCUGUGUCGUUGACAUGCGGAAACAUGCGGCUUGCCCACAUUGGUCUGCCAGCUCUUAUCGCGCUCGAAGUUCGUUCAAUGGAGGCUGUCCGGGACAGAACGGAGACUCUAAUUGAUCUAGUCAACACACCGGACAAAAGCGACGAAAAGAUACCUUGUCUGAUGGCACGGAUGCUUGGCGACGAAAUGGAGCCGACCCUUAAGUUGAAGCUGUUCAACCUUCUAUUCGACUAUCGGGUUUCCACAGUCAUGGCGAUUCUGGGUCUAUCGGAGGACAGCACCGGAGAGGAUGUGGCCCUCGGAUUGGCUUCUUCGAUGGCAACAAUCAAGAGCGUCUCAUCCCCUGGCAUCACCAGACAAUCCUCCGGAGCUAGUGGAAAGUCUGUACAAACUGCACGCCCCAUGAACCUGGACGUGCUACUUCGCGAUUGUGCAGUUGGAUUGAACCCUAGAGGCAACCCUGCCAAGGCUCUUCUUGUGCUUACCAACACGCGGUUUGGCGGGACUCUUGUACAGGAUGCAGACAUGACAGCCAACCUCGACAUCAGAAAGGCAUCCUUGCUCAUCAUUGAUGAUUCCGGGCGACUUGCUUCGGACAUGUAUGACUCUAGCAUCAGGCCUCCUUCUGCGGAGCUUGGUAGCCAGCAAGUGAUGGAUCUUUGUCGCUUGGGCUUCGUUUCGGUGGGGACUACUUCGAAGGCUAAAGCUGUGGUCAAGAUUUCGGAACCGCAAGACAACGGGAACCGUAACGUCGCGAUCGAGUUCAACAAUGACCUCUUCGUCAUGGAAAGUUGUGCGGAUUCAACUCAAACACUCUUUGCGCUGUUUGGAGGGCUCGCACCGCCUCAACCUCCAUCCACAGAAACCCAAUACCGGACAAAGGUCGAGCCUAUUGCCAAUGUGAUGGCUUCUCUUGUCGGAGAUACCAUUCCGGAAACCGACGAAGACAAUCUCUCGGCAAGUCUCCAGCUGGAUCAGUCUGUCAUUGUAAAUGAAGAUGAGCCUGAAGGUCUUCAUUUUGAGGGUGCCAUUUAUGACUACACUCAGCUGCCUGAGAUGGAUGAAAUGGCGGUAGACUCUUUCGAACCGUCAGUGGCAUCUCCUAAGAAGGCUCCGGAAUCAUCUGAACCGAACAACUCUGAAGACAUUGAGCUCAACUUUGACGAUGACUUUUUCGGGAAGCCACAAGAUGGACCGGAUGUCCAGGGUUGGAAUUCAACGGCGAACAAGUACUCUGACCUACAAUUUUCCUCGGACGAGAUUCCCUUGAAACUUCAUGUGCAAAACAUACACUUCAUCUGGAACCUUUACGAUGGCUAUGACUGGCCGAGAACCAGGGAGAAGCUGGGCCAGAAACUGGAGGAAGUCCAGACUCGGGCGCAAGGACGGCGGGAAAGACUCGAGAGGAUGCAACAAGGCGAUGGCGAGGAUGAUGGUCUCGAGGUUGAGGAAGAUCUGCUAUUUGGGUCUGUCUACGUUUCUGUCCCUGUCAACCAGUCGGCAGAAGAGACGCGGCGACAGCUCAACAUGGCCAUCAAAGGAAAGGUUACGGACGACUCUGUCAGCGAGACCAGUUAUGCCACCACGAAUGCCUCGAGGUCGACUGCACGCCCUCGAUCCAGGCAUAAUAGGCUUCAUCUGGAGCGUGGCCGUCACCACAAGAUCACGUUUGAGCUCAAGGGCAUCUCUGCUGAUUUGGUGGUGUUGGCUCCUGGUGUCAACGAGGUCCAGAAAAUGGUCGAUCUACGCGUCCAGGACCUUGAGGUCAUUGACCAUGUGCCUUCGUCGUCCUGGAAGAAGUUCGUAACCUACGACCACGACCAGGGAGAGCGGCCGAUGGGGUAUCCGAUGCUCAACCUGAAUGUCAUGAAUGUUCGGCCAGUCCAGGAUUUGGCCGCGACGGAACUCGUCAUCAAGGUCCGGGUUUUGCCUCUUCGACUCCAUGUCGAUCAAGACGCUCUCGAUUUCAUCACUCGAUUUUUCGAGUUCAAAGACGACAGCCUCGCGCCUAACCCAGCUCCGAACUCCGGCGGGCAGCCGUUUAUUCAACGUCUUGAUGUCCACCAAGUGCUCCUGAAGCUGGAUUACAAACCCAAGAGAGUCGACUACGCCGGCCUGCGCUCAGGACGCACGACUGAGUUUAUGAACUUUGUCACGCUAGACGGCACAGAGAUCAAGUUGAGACACUGCAUUCUCUACGGUGUAGCGGGUCUCGACAAACUGCACGACACGCUCAGUGGUAUUUGGACACCCGACGUCAAGUACAACCAGCUCGCGGGCAUUCUCACUGGCCUUGCGAUGGUCCGACCUGUAGCCAACGUCGCUGGGGGCUUCCGAAACCUCGUGGACGUGCCAAUGCGCGAGUACAAGAAAGACGGCCGCCUGCUGCGCAGCGCAAGCAAGGGUCUCUCUGCCUUUGCCAAGACAACCACGACGGAGAUUCUGCGUCUCGGGGCCAAGGUCUCAAUCGGGACGCACUCGAUGCUAUCAGGCGCAGAGACGAUCCUCUCUCCCACAGCCGGGCCCAGCGGCAGUAGCAGCGGCGGCCACGGCCACAGCCACAGCCACAGCCACAGCCACAGCCACAGCGACGCAGGCGGCUGGGACGAGGUCUCCCCGCCAACGAACCACUCCCCGGCCGACGCGCCGCGCGCCUUCUCGCACUACGCGAACCAGCCGAUCGGCGUGCGCGCGGGUAUUCUGAGUGCGCGCCAGCAUCUGCAGCAUGAUUUCGCGACUGCGCGCGAGGCCAUCAUCGCGAUUCCGGGUGAGGUCAUGGAGAGCGGCAGCGCGGCGGGGGCGGCGAGGGCGGUUGUCAAGCGCGCGCCGGUGGUUGUGCUUAGGCCGUUGACGGGCGUUACGAGGGCGACUGGGGGGGUGUUGCUUGGGGCGGCGAAUGCGUUGGAUAGGGAUAGUAGGAGACGGAUCGAGGAUAAGUAUAAGAGGCGUUAG